AUGCAUCCUAGAAGUAAUGCCGACUAUCAAAAGAAGCUCAUACUGUAUUUUGACGCAGACUAUACCAAAGAUAUAAUAAAAAAACAAGGAAGUGAGGAUCUAGAUACUUUAUAUGAAGAAUUAAAACACAAAAAACCAUGAAAAUCAGUUACCUUUGUUUUUGGGCUAGCCAUUCCAAUAAUGUAUAUUGAGAAAAAUAUUCUAAAAGUCCCAAGAGAGAAAAGUUGAAUUAGGCGAUACGGAAGCAGAUACGUGCAUGCUUCUCUAGCGUUAUUGAUGGUUGGCUGAGUCUAUGAGACCAUUAUCCCUUUUCAAAGAUGCUCCCUUGAUAUGGCACUUAAGUAUGAGGAUCAAUUACUAAAGCUUCACCCAGAUUUAAAUGAUUACUAUACAAGAAGUAAUUUUGAGUCCCCUUUAAGUAGAGAAAGCUAG